AUUAGCCUCUUGGCAUCCUCGUCCUAUUCUUCGACCUACCACGAGAACCCAGAGCCAGCGCCAGAUGCAGUUCCGACAGGGCGGCCUAACGUCUUCACCAAGGAUUCUGCUAAGAAAUUUGACCAAAGUCUCGAGGGCUCAGAAUGGCUGAUGGGUAUCACUUCUCUGCGGAAAAGGCUUGCUGCGGAGGCUUUCGGACAUGUGCUUGAAGUUGCCAUGGGCACUGGCCGUAACCUUCCCUUUUACGACUGGAGUUAUGUUAUCAGCUCUCCGAAGCCAGCAACCCAGGCACUUGCAGCACCAGAGGCUGACGCACAACCAUCCAAGCCCGACGCAGCACCGAUGAUCUCCUAUACGGGAAUCGACAUUUCUGAUAAAAUGCUCGGCGUUGCUGUCGAAAAGCUCGCAGAAACUGUGCCAGAGCUGGCUGAUGUUGACCCAAGAACUGAAAAGCAGACGGCUGAGUGGAAUGAUAUUUCCUACCUUGCAGGAAGACUACGAAUGUUCCGGUCGGAUAUUCACGAAUAUAUUCCUUCGCCCCCUCGGCAAUCUUGUCCGCAAGCUCGAUACGACUUUAUCUGUUCGACAUUUUCACUCUGCAGUGUCCGCGACCCGGAACAAAUGGUUCGGGAUUUGGCCAGCAAAGUAAAGCCGAACACAGGCAAGAUCGUCCUAGUUGAGCACGGUAGAGGAUGGUGGGGAUUUGUCAAUGGGCUACUUGAUAAGUCCGCAGCUUCUCAUUUCCAGAAAUAUGGAUGCUGGUGGAAUCGAGACAUCGCUGAGAUUGUCGAGAACGCCGCACAGUCUACACCGGGACUCCAAGUCACAAAGGUAGAUCGCCCGUACUUUACACAGCUCGGGACGACCUUGUGGAUUGAGUUAAGAGUUUCGGAUUCGGGUGUGUCUUAG